AUGGAUCCCAUACAAGGGAAAGGGGACGAGGAACUGAGUCGGGCCUCCGACGAGGUUCCUCCGAUUCCCGACCAGGAAGCCAAAUCCACCAAGCGCGCACGAUGGGCGACGAAACGCAUGACCGCCGCCAGCGGUCUUCGGAAGAGAGUCUCCAUCCUGGAACGGGGCAACCGUCGUAAUACGCGGAACAACAUAACCGAUGCAGCAACCGCAGGGCCAGAAAGCACUGAAACAGAAACAGCUUCAUCGCGGAAAGUCUACUUUAACCUUCCCAUCCCGGACAGCGAGCGGGACGAGGAAGGCAAUCUGAAGAACGUUUAUCCCCGCAACAAGAUUCGCACUUCUAUCUACACGCCAUUGACGUUCAUCCCGAAGAACUUGUGGUUGCAGUUCCACAACAUCGCUAAUCUUUACUUCUUAUUCGUCAUCAUUCUGCAGUGUUUCUCCAUCUUUGGAGAUGCCGACCCGGGUUUGAGUGCUGUUCCCCUGAUCAUUAUCGUCGUGGUCACUUCGAUCAAGGAUGCUAUCGAGGACUGGAGGCGAACGGUAUCCGAUAACGAACUCAACAACUCCCCGGUUUACCGUCUGACCGAUUGGCACAAUGUCAAUGUCACCCUUGACAAUGUGUCCGCCUGGCGAAAGUUCAAAAAGGCCUGUACUCGGGCCACCGUAUUCACCUACCGUGCCAUGAAAAAGCUCGUGCGCCGCAAGUCCGCCGACAAAGACGUGGCUGGAGAUGUUGAGAUGGCGGAUGCCCGGCCAUCCGUGGAACCCACCUCUCCGAUUGAGUUGAGGGCCGUGUCCCUCGAUGCCCGUGCUUCUGGAGAUUGGCCGGAUCAUGCAGAUCAUUCCGGCAGAAAUGCGGCCUCGGGCCGCGUCAAGGGCGACAUCCUCAACCCGACCAAGACUGCUUCCGGGCAGGCUCGCUUUAAGCGUCAGCAUUGGAAGGAUGUCAACGUCGGUGACUUUGUGCGGCUGUACAACGGUGACCAGAUUCCCGCGGACAUGGUGAUUCUCUCAACCUCUGACCCGGACGGUGCCUGCUAUGUGGAAACCAAAAACCUGGACGGGGAGACCAAUCUGAAGGUUCGCCAUGCCCUUAACUGUGGUCGCGCAGUACGGAAUGCUCGCGACUGUGAAAGAGCGGAAUUUGUUAUAGAAAGCCCUCCCCCGCAUGCGAAUCUCUAUUCGUUCAGCGGUGCCAUUUACUAUAACCAACAGGACGAUCCCGAGGCGCCGCCCCAGGAACGGGUAGAGCCCAUCACCAUCAACAAUAUUCUCCUCCGUGGCUGCAGCCUUCAGAACACAGAGUGGGCGUUGGGAGUGGCCUUGUUCACCGGUUCGGAAUCAAAGAUCAUGCUGAAUCAGGGUAUCACUCCGACCAAGCGACCACAAAUGGCACGUAACAUGAACUGGAACGUUCUUUACAACUUUGCGAUCCUCUUUAUCAUGUGCUUGAUAUCCGGUUUCAUCAACGGUUUUGCCUGGGGACUGGAUGACGCGUCCUUAACUUUCUUCGAAUACGGCUCUUAUGGUGGAUCCGCCGCCGUGGAGGGUGUCGUUGCCUUCUGGGUGGGUGUGGUCCUCUUUCAGAACUUGGUUCCCAUUGCCUUGUACAUCUCACUGGAAAUCGUGCGCUGGAUCCAAGCGCUCUUUAUAUUCUUCGACCAGCACAUGUAUUACGAGCGGCUUCAGAUGUCUUGCGUCCCAAAGGCCUGGAACAUCUCAGAUGACAUCGGGCAGAUCGAGUAUAUCUUCUCGGACAAAACAGGUACCUUGACGCAAAACGUCAUGGAGUUCAAGAAAUGUACGGUCAACGGCGUCGCAUACGGUGAGGCCUAUACUGAGGCCCAGUUGGGAAUGCAGAGACGCCAGGGCUUGUUGAAUGUGGAGGAGGAAGCUGCCAAGGCUCGCCAACGUAUCAGCGACGGUCGCGUGGAAAUGCUGCAGCGACUGCGUCAACUGCACGACAACCCAUAUCUCAAGGACGAAAAUCUGACCUUUGUCUCGCCUCAGUACGCAGCGGACCUAGGGGGUGCCUCCGGUGAUGCCCAGAAGCAGGCUGUCGAGAGUUUCAUGGCCGCGCUGGCUUUGUGCCACACAGUGGUUACGGAACGGAUUCCGGGUGACCCCCCGCAAAUUGAGUUCAAAGCCCAGUCUCCCGAUGAGGCUGCCUUGGUGGCUACUGCUCGAGACUGUGGGUUCACAGCGAUGGGUCGCUCGGGAGAUAGGCUCCUUGUUAACAUCAUGGGUGAAGAACGCAGUUAUAGGAUCCUGAACAUUUUGGAGUUCAACUCGACGCGUAAGAGAAUGAGUGUUAUCGUUCAAAUGCCGGACGGAACCAUCCGUCUGUUGUGUAAGGGUGCUGACACGGUCAUUUAUUCUCGCUUGGCUCCUGGUCAACAACGGCAGUUGAGGGAUGUUACCUCACAGCACCUUGAGACCUUCGCUCAAGAAGGUCUCCGUGUGCUCUGCGUGGCAGAACGUAUUCUCGACGAGGAAUUCUACCGCGAGUGGAGUCUUAAGCACGACGUGGCAGCAGCAGCCAUCGUGGAUCGCGAAGAGAAACUGGAUGAGGUCGCAGGUAUCAUUGAACAGGAUCUGAUGCUCCUGGGUGGCACGGCAAUCGAAGAUCGGCUGCAGGAUGGUGUGCCCGAUACCAUCUCUUUGUUGGCUGACGCCGGUAUCAAGCUCUGGGUCUUGACAGGUGAUAAGAUUGAAACGGCUAUCAAUAUCGGUUACUCCUGCAACCUUCUGAACAACGACAUGGAUAUCAUGGUAUUGAGUGCUCCAGAUUCUGAUAUGGCUGCCAAGGAGCUGGACAGCAAACUCGAACAGUUCGGAAUUACUGGCUCGGACGAGGAAUUAGCCGCGGCACGCCAGGACCACUCGCCACCCCCAUCGACCCAUGCCCUUGUCCUCGAUGGGGACUGUCUUCGUUUGAUGUUGGACGAUGCCCUGAGGCAGAAAUUCCUGUUGCUUUGCCGGCGCUGCAAGUCCGUCCUUUGUUGCCGUGUCAGUCCCGCCCAAAAAGCGGCGGUUGUUGAUAUGGUCAAGACUGGUUUGAACAUCAUGGCUUUGUCGAUUGGAGAUGGCGCCAACGACGUCGCCAUGAUCCAAAAAGCGGAUGUCGGUGUAGGUAUUGCAGGAGAGGAAGGUCGUCAGGCAGUCAUGUGUGCCGAUUACGCCAUUGGUCAGUUCCGAUUCCUACAGCGUCUCAUUCUCGUUCAUGGACGAUGGUCGUAUCGGCGGCUGGGCGAGACGACGGCCAAUUUCUUCUACAAGAACUUGGUGUGGACGUUCGCGCUAUUCUGGUAUUCGAUUUAUGACAACUUCGAUGGCUCCUACCUCUUCGAAUACACGUAUAUUACCCUGGUGAACGUUGCCUUCACCUCCCUACCCGUCAUUUUUAUGGGAAUCUUCGAUCAGGAUGUCGAUGAUAGGGUGUCUCUGGCCGUACCGCAGCUCUACAUGCGUGGUAUUGAGCGUAAGGAGUGGACGCAGUUGAAGUUCUGGAUCUACAUGUUCGACGGCUUCUACCAAUCCAUUAUCUGCUUCUUCAUGCCGUACAGGCUGUACUCGGUGGCCAAUUUCCAAACAGAAAACGGACUCAGCAUCGACGACCGGUAUCGCGUGGGUGUGCUAGUCGCCACCUGUGCUGUGGUUGCUAGCAACACCUACGUGAUGAUGAACAUGUACCGAUGGGAUUGGCUCUCCAGCUUAAUCAAUGCGAUCAGUUCACUGUUGAUCUUCUUCUGGACCGGUGUUUACUCAUCCUUUGAGUCAUCGUUGACAUUCUAUGGCGCCGCUCGCCAGGUUUAUGGUGCGCUGUCAUUCUGGGUUGUCCUCCUUCUGACCGUGGUAAUGUGCCUUAUUCCACGAUUCGUCAUUAAGUGCAUCCAGAAGGUCUACUUCCCCCUGGAUGUCGACAUUGUCCGUGAACAAGUCAUCCUGGGCCAAUUCGAUUAUUUGAAGAAGUACGAAGCCUACGUGCCACCCGGUGCAACCAAGCUGGCAGCUUCAUCGGACAGUGAAGCCUCGACCAUUCCCUCGGACGGAGGCCAUACUCCUCAGCCCCAUGUCACGCGCGACUACCCCGUGCCUAAUGGAAUUGACCGCACGGCGGACUCGACACCUGUUGCACCGUUAGUCGAUGCCCAAGGCGCGCCAACCAACCUGGGCAGCCAAGUGACCAGCGCCAACGCGAGCAGCGUGGCCUUUGGACUCCAGCGCCGCGAGUCUUCCGAGAGCACCAGUCGAGACCAAUCAGCUUUCUCGAGCCAACUCCUAGCCGUUGAUUCCACCAGCAUGGAACCUCAAAUGCCUCACAGUCCACUCAAAAGCCGAAGCGACCCCUCGACAUACCCUGUAUAG